GCACCCGCACCCCCCGCCAUUCAUCCAGGAGAAGCUGUCUCUCCACAACCGCCUCACUGUCCAUCCCACACCCUUUAACCGUCCGUCUUCAUCGCCUCGCAGCAACUCGCGCCAUUCGUUUACCCGUGCCGGAGCUCGGACACAGCGGAAGGUGUUGCGUAUACAACCUCUCCGCCAGCCUUGAUCAUCCUUCCGAUCGCCUUCCUACGCCGUCCCACCCUUUCCCAAAGCCCCCCGUCAACACCGCCAAACUGUCUCCCAUACUCCUCAACCGCACCACCCGCCUCAGCUUUGCCGGCGAUCCGCGGCCCCGCCAAUUAAGCGCAUCGUCUGGCAAAAUGCCUUUUGAUGCGAAGGAGGCGCGGAGGAGGCGCUCCAGUAGUUUGGUCUACACCGAGCCUCCGGAGUCCCUGGAGCACAUCAGCGACCAGUCUGCCCUCCCGAACCUGAAUGCAGACUGGGUCAACGCGAAGGGUGCCUGGGCAAUCCACUUUGUCCUCAUCGUCCUUGCCAAAAUCCUCUUCGACAUCAUCCCAGGGGUUUCGCAGGAGACUUCGUGGACCCUCACUAACAUUUCGUACAUGUUUGGGUCUUACCUCAUGUUUCACUACGUGCGCGGUGUCCCCUUCGAUUUCAACGCGGGCGCGUACGACAACCUCAACAUGUGGGAGCAGAUUGACAACGGAGACCAAUACACUCCCGCGAAGAAAUUUUUAUUGAGUGUCCCUAUCUUGCUGUUCCUGAUCAGCACACAUUAUACCCAUUACGACCUUGUAUAUUUCACUGUCAAUUGCUUGGCUACGAUAGCUGUUAUCCUGCCAAAGCUGCCGGUGGUAAGCAGAUGCGGUACAAUAACAACAUCAACGACAGAAACUCUGACUGGCUUGCAGUUCACGAUAGAUCCUGAUAUGUUGUUAGGUUUUGGGAAUAUUAUGCUGUGGUCACAAAUCGAGCCAACACCGCCACAUCUGACUUACUUAGUGCUCACCUUCUUCCUACUGCUUUAUGCACUCUUCUCCCUCUGUAUUCUGAACCGUUUGCAUCUCUCUGAACCGCCUUUAGCAACCGUUUUCGGCAUUUUAGUUGGUCCACGCGGCCUUGGAAUCCUCACUCCCUAUAAAUGGGGUUUCACUGACAAUGUCAUCCAAGAAUUCGCCCGCAUAGUUUCCUACUUCACCAAAGCUUGGAAGAGCAUUGGAGUGCUUCUCGGUCCCGUGAUGACCUCCGGCUGGAUCAUCUGCGCCUCCUUCAUCUCCCUACUCUUCGAAACCAACAUCACAACCGCCCUCAUCAUCUCCGCCUGCCUCGCUCCCGCCGACCCUGUCCUCGCUGCCUCCGUCCUUUCAAACUCUCAAUUCAGCACAAGGGUAGUAAAGCGGAUCCGAAAACUUUUAAGCGCAGAAAGCGGUUACAACGACGGGAUAUCCUUCCCCUUCCUCUACAUUGGUCUCAGCAUCCUCACACGUUCCACCUUUGGAGGGUUCUUAAAAAAAUGGCUCCUAAUCACCAUCCUCUACCAAUGUGUCAUGGGCACUACCCCGGGUCUUGUACUUGGCUACCUAGCAAAUCGUAUCUAUAUUUUCUCACACCAUCGCGGGAUAAUCUGUCCAGCGUCAUACCUCGCCACCCUUAGCGUCGACGAUUUCCUCGUCGCGUUCUCUGCGGGUCUUGGUUUCUCGCAUGCAGGCAAAAAUUCUACCGCUGACACCCGGCUUCCUGUGAUAAUCGAUCUAAUGCUGAGUUCCACGAUGUUAGUCUUUUUCAGCGCGAUGGUGCCAUGGGCCAGCUUCACCCACGUCCACACCUAUCUUGACGGCACGGUCACUACUAUCACCCCUCUCCGCCUUCUAGUCUGUCUAGCUCUGAUCCUAUUCUUCCGCCGCAUCUCCAUCGUCUACGCUCUCUACUCCCUUCACUUCCUCCCCAAAGUUCAAACAACCUCCGAAGCGCUAUUUUGCGGACACUUCGGUCCCAUGGGCGUCGGCGCACUGUUCCUAGCCAUAGAAGCACACGCGCAAUUAGAAACCGAUACAUCUUUACCACUUCCACAUCCUCCAGUCGACCUACCUAUUGAGCGGCAAAAAGCGAUGGUGUUGGUCUGGCCGGUGACAUGUUUUAUGGUCUUGGGGAUGUUGGGGGGGCAUUUUUCGAGACAGAAGGGGGAGAGGGCGCCGUUGAUUGGGGCAGAGAGGGAGGGGUUGAGUGGGAUGGUGUUUGAUGGGGAGGAUGGGAGAUAUAAUACACAUGAUACACUUGCCCUUCAAUUCAUCUACCGCAACGUCUUCCCCCUCGCCCUACCUACCGGCACAGCCACCGGCUCCGCGUUCGGCAACACAUACGGCAACGUCUGUUCAAUCAUCUUCAUUCCAUCUACCAAUUGCCCAUUCUCGCUCUUCUCGUAA